AUGGCGACCUACCAGGCAUACCCUUGGAAAUGCGGGUGCGGACGACGCAAUCGAAAAACGAUGAAUUAUUGCCCGUCCUGCACCGCCCACUGGACAGCAGGUACUCCCAUAGAGUACGAUCAGGAGGAAAUUCGCUAUACUCAAUGGGGAGAUGGACAAGAUCAAUGGCACGAAGGCCCUUGGAUUGGAUCUGGCAAUUCACCACGCCAGCGUACCAACAGCCCUCGUCAGAGACAACCCAAGAAGUCUCGCCGCAAGAAGAAUCAGCGACAAGCAGAUCAAGGAGACGCACGGGAUCAAUCCAGAAGUCGAGGACAGGGUCCUUCUGGACAGCAACCAUUGCCACCUCCGCCCCCAUUGCCUACUGCGCCUCAGUGGCAACAUCUUCCAUCUGUGGCCCCGGCUGCAGAUUCGUCUGCUCCUGCACUUACAGCGGAAGCGCAGCAGCUCAAGGAGUGCUAUGCUCUCCUGAACAAGCACGAGGAUGGGCUUCCACAAGAGGUGCAGUCCUAUAUUCAAAAUUUGAAGCUCAAAGAGAACAAGAGAUCAGUCAAGACACUGCACUCUGCUGUGACUGUCAUGGGCAAAGCCAGGGACGAGCUGCAGGGUGCCAUUGCGGCACGAUCACAGAUGCACUCAACUUGGCGGACAUUCCUGGCAGACAGCAUCACCAGGUUCCAGAACUAUGGCAAGGACUUUGCACAGCAAGAGGAGAACUUGGUUGCCCGGAUUCAGGCUGCCAAGCAGUCCUUCGAACAGGCCAAGGAGUCUUUGAGCAUCGAGAAGACCAAGGCAAGUUCAUUGCAGGAUGCGGUCCAGGAAGUCUCCGACGACGACACGGAGAUCAAGGAUGUCGUGUUGCUCGCCCCCGACAAGAUCACAGAGGGGCUCAACCAUCUUGCAACCAGCUUACAAGAACUCAAAUCCCAGGCAGAUACCCUCGAGAAGGAAGAGCAGAAGCACAAGCGACCCAGACUUGCCCGAAGAACCUGCUCAGUCUGGGGAAAACUCAGUGCCUUCUUUUGGUUAGGCCGAUGUGCAGUGACCGACAGGUACACACAUCCGAGGCCUUUCUGGGAUGUGCAGGGCAGUUUCCCACAAACCCUGCAAUGGAAUUUGUCCAUUGUCGAUGAGUACAAUUUCUUACCGACAUGGGCAGCUCAUGAAACGGCGGUGGAUCUAGCGUUUUCGCUGGGUCAUUUUGAUGUACCCCGCCCUGAUGCUCGAGAGCAACGUUGCCGUGUUCGUCGACCCAAACUCAGCGUGAAAUUUCAUGACGAAGUUCAUGUCUUUCUUGGGGAUGCUGAUGAUUUGUUGAUGAGGCAUUUCUGUUCUUCGACCAUCGCUCUCAAACAAUGGCGAAACAAACCAUGGGCCCGGCGACCGUCUCCCAGGAGUUGGUCUGCGGUGCAAUCAGUGCCCAUGCAAAUGAUGUUGCAUGCGCCACUUGACAAAGUGCCCAUGUCACAAAUGAAGAUCAUCGACAACCAUGGACGUCCAGAAGGACUUUCUACAGAUGGUAGUGACCAUGGUUUUCCACCUCAGGAUGGGCAAGACUUUCCCAAUCCUCGCGUUCCAGAUUUUACUGACAAUAUCAUUCAUGCACUUGGAAUGAUGGCAAUUCCUACGUUGCAGUUCCCAGCCCAUGCUAUUGAAUUGCGCACAUGGUUUGUCAACCAUGAGGAGCCACGACAUCAGUGGACAGCGCGUCAUGUUUCUCUUGAAGGAGAUCAAUCUACCUGGAUUGCACAAAUCCGUCAGGUCUGGGCAGACGUGAUUGAUCCUGAUGCACCCACAGCGUAUCAGAUUUGCACACCUCAGCCUCCACGUGGACCUGGUGAUUGGUGGAUUGCUUUGGACAUCAUUGUGUCCCAAGGACUUCAUGUUUGGAGGCAUUCCGGUUUGGUUACAGUCUCAUUUCUUGAUGACCUUGAAGGAAGCAAUGGUUUCACUGUAGCAGCGUCUAUGCCUAGGGAUGUGAGCGGCUAUAUGAUUGUUGAUGCGGCCGACAUUCAUCACUACUGCUCGCCCAUUGCCUCUAGACGGUGCUCGAUCUAUCAUGGCUGGGUCCCAAUUCCUGUCAACACUGAUCGAGUUCAUUUGAUGCGGUCAGGACAUACGUUCAUUGUCUUCAUCCCGGCUGACCCUGAGCUUGACAUGUAUCGGACGGUUCAAGCCACUUCCGAUGGAGAAGCUGCUGCCGCAACUUUUGCGGAAGUUCCACCCAACGAGCAACCUGAGCCAGAUGAUGGACACGAUCAAACCAUGGAUUCCUAUUCUGGCAGUUCUCAAGAUGAUGAUGAUUAUGAGCCUGGCACGCCAGCGCCUGGUCCUGAGGGAGACCCAGAGGAUGACAUGGUACUCUUCAAUUGCCAUGUAUAUCGGCUCUACCAUCCUCCGAUGCAUCUAUUCCUUCAUCAUGUUUCGGGUGUUCCUCUACUUGGAGAGUUGGCACGCAUUCUGCGGGUGCAAAGAGAAUCAUUUAUCACCUCACACGUCAUUCCUGCACGCAUGGUUGGGCAGCAUCAAGAUGAUUGGAGCUUCAUUGUUCAACACAUUGAUGACAUCCCAGCGGCCUCAACGGACUGCUUGAUCAUCUUGGACGUGGAAGUACAUUUCCCAGCUGUCGUUGGGACUGUACCUACAUUGCCGGCCACAACACGCAGAGUCCUUCGUGUUCCUCCUUUUCUGACGCGCCCCACUGUGCUACGUUAUGCCGGCGUAUAUCAGUAUUGUGUGCUGCAACAUGAACGAUGUCUCGUCUACAUCGACAAUUGUGGGUGGCCGAUUCUCCGACCAGGACCUCGACAAGUCCAACAUGGGUCUUAUUUGCGUGUGAUAGUCCCUCCAGCACUGGACGGCAAUCCAAAUACUCUCCAUGCAAUUCGUGAUGUUGAGGCCUACAUUCAGAGGUUGAUGCAAGCACCUACUCCAGCGCCCAGCCCUAUGUUGGCACCAUCGCCAGCACCAGCACCUGCGGCUGCUCCUACGGCAUUGGAGUCGGACCAGGAAUUCUUGCGUCGUUUUUGGUUGCAAGAUAUGCAGGAUGCAUUUGAAGCCCACGCUCAUGUUGAAAAUGAGGAUGAAGGCAAGGCCCUUUAUGCGGCAGUUUGGUUUAUUGACAAUUUGCAUUUCCAAACAUGCCGUGCACCAUUGAUGAUCAAACUUUUGAAUGAACCUUCUCACUGGUACGAUGAUGUCAUGCGACUGUGGCAGACACACAUUCGUCCAUCUGAACCACUGAGACCACAUUUGGUGCAGCCUUAUCCACCUCAAUCGACCUUGCGGGCCUUUACAUUGCAUAUUCUCUUGGAACAAAAUCCCAUUGAGGCCAGAGCAGCAAAUGUUGUUUCAGUGCAUGUGCAGGAGCUUAUGGAAACCAAGCUCUGGCAAACAGCAUUUUCUCUGCCACGUUGGGUCUCUACGGAAGAUCUUAUUGACACCACGCAGCUCAACUUCCUCUGUGAAACACGUAGAUGUCAUGCUGUAUGUGGUCGAAUGCAUUUCCAGCGUUUCAUCCGAGAAGAAAUUGCAGCUGGCAAAAGCAUCGAGAUCUUCAGUCGUCCAGUUCGUGAAUGCGAACGAGACAUUAUGGCUAGCAGUUCCACACAGCCACAUGUCCCGCGCAUUGUGCGUGACACAUCCGGAGCAUCUCUCAUGCAAGUUGGGUUUGUUGCUCAUAGAUUGGCUGGACUGCAAGAAGAGGAUGCGCGCUAUGAUGAUACUUUUGCUUUGGCGCCUCGCCCGGAAGCGAUGCACCUGUCCACACAGGCGCACUUUCGUCCGGAGUUCAGUGAUGCAAUGUUUGCCAAUGUUCAAACGCUUGAUGACUUAUGGCGCUUGACUUUUCAACAUGGCAAUUUUGCAGCUGCUCGCCAAGUCCUUGUUAAGACUUGGUAUGUCGACCAUCUUCGGCGGCCUUGGUCCAAUGUUGGCCGCCAGUUGGCCUUGGGGCCUGACUUUGGAGUAUGGAGUACCCAAUGUCUUGCGCUUUGGCAUGACUGGAUUUUGCCCCAUGUCGAUGUUGAGUACUUCGUGUGCGUCGAGACGACACAAGGUGGUUGGCCGCAAGCGCAUUUCCAUGUGCUCAUUUCGCAACAACCUCAACCCAUGCACAGAACUGCUUUGAUCUCCGUCCAUGAUGGAAUUGAUGGUGAACAGCAGCCCCGCAUGAUUGCGUUGAGUAUGUCUUGUACCAUUGACCAUUGGCAACUUUUGGAAUCAGCUCAAGUUCUUUGGCAGUGUCCGCCACAGCAGAGACUUGCGAGAUGCUCAUCUUUCCUUCAUGGCAUUGAUAUCUCUCAUGGCCGCACUGUUGAAGUUUCAGAUGGCUUUCUCUUUUCCAUUUUCAUUGACACAGUCACUCAGCAAUGGAAUCGUAUGAUGGAGUUCGCAUGUGAACAACAGGAUGAUGAUGCUGCUCUUCUGCAACUUCACAUGACCAAAACACUACGUAUCCUUGCUGACUUGACAACCAUUGAACAAUUUGCACCCGUGAUUGAGGAUUUGCUUCAAGAAGCCGACAGCCAGCAUUCCACUACGCAGCAUCUUCUGACAAUGCAUGCUCGUACGUCAGCAGCAAUGUCAGAUGCUGUUCAGCUCAUUGAGUUUCCAAAGACUGACACAUCUGGGACGGCAGCGGAAACACAACCACGUGAGGCUUUGGCCCAGUCCAAGGUUUGCAUCUCUCUGGAAACCACUCUACCCAUGGCUGCGCCUCCCGUUCGAGCUGAUCAACUGUUUAUGCACAGCUCUACAUCGAAUUGGCAGCAGCAACUGCAGCAGUCCCAGAUUGUGAUGACACCACUUCCUGAAGGUCUUCAGUUACAUCCGGCCACGUAUGACGCCCUUUGUGUACCUCAGUGUUACUGCGAGACAAACUUUGCUGGUUCUGAGGUGCUCUUUAUUGAUGGUGCUGCUCAUGAUGGUCAUGCCACAUGGAGUGUUGUUCAUGUCAGGUAUGGUGAAGAUGGCAUGCCCGCACUUCGUGGCAUGAUUGCGGCGCAGGUUGAAAUCUGCCCAGCCGAACCGGCAUGGAUUGGUGCGGAGAAUGCUGACAAUAUCUCUGCGGAGUUUUCUGCUUUCCUUUAUGCUGCAGUCAUUGGAACAACCCUUGAAUUUGACUCCAAGGUCAUUAUUGCUCCUGAUCUUCAACUGAGCGCAAAGCUUGCAGCAGAUCAAUGCAUGUGCUCCGCACAUCCACGAUUGGUCCAGCUGAUGUUAUGCCUUGGACAUCAUUUUCAUACGCAUGGAGGAGAAGCACAGGAGAUUAGAGCUCAUCGAGCUCAUCCGUGGAAUGAGCUUGCAGAUCGACUUGCCAAGCAUGUCAUUUCGACGCGUUUUCCAGUUGGUCACAUGCACGUUCCUAUUCUGCAUGAGAUGCUACAGUUUGAGGAUGCUUCUUGGGCAUGGAUUUCGCAACAGCCACAGUCAUUUCAGGCGUGCCUGCCCCCUUCUCCUGAACUCGGGUUGUGGCAUGUGACUCCCCCAAGCACCAAGCCACGGGCAAACUCCCAUGAUGAAACCCUCCAACGCAUUGCUGCUGUUUCCUGCAACAUUGUGACUGCCAAUGUCCUGGCCCUUGACACUGUAGACGAACACCAACAGGUUUUGCGCAGUUCUCGGUCGGUAAGACUAGAUGAGCAGUGGCAUCAGCAAAGAAUUGCAGCCGUUGGACUUCAAGAGACCCGACGUCCACCGGGCAGAAGCGCUUUGGAUCAUUACAUCACAUUUUCUUCCGGUGCUCUCUCCACUGUGGUGUGCCCACAUCAUGGAUGUGAAUUGUGGCUUCAUCGAACUAUGCCCUGGAUCACUACCGAAAGUGAUGAAGUUCUUGCGUUUGGCCAGAUGACACCGGCCGUUGCGCAUGCUGAUCCGCGGAGGCUCAUUGUGAAUCUGCAGAAGAAUAACAUUCUGGCUUCCUUCGUUGUGCUUCAUGCUCCGUGUCGGUCUGCAUCACCUGAGGGCUCCAUUGAUGCGAUUCAAGAAUGGUGGAGGCAGACCAUUGACAUUGUCCGGCAGGCCAAACUGGCGCCAUUGACUUGGAUUAUGGCCGAUCUCAAUGCUGAUAUUGGCACCACGGGGUCUGACCACUUUGCCAUGCGUGGUCAUGGUUCGGAUACUGCCCAAGCCAUGAUUGUUGAAGAUGCGCUACAACAGCUGGAUUGGUUUGCUCCUACCACCUUUGCAUGGUGUCAUUCCGGAUCUUCAGUUACCUGGAAGCAUCCGAGAGGCACAGAACAUCGACUUGAUUUUGUUUUGUGCUCGCGCUUGGCAUUCGACAUGGCGACAACUUCUGCCGUUCUAUGUGACCACGACUCUGGAUUUGCACAUGAUGAUCAUUUUCCAGUUCGACUGCAUUGUGCAGGGUGGUUGCGAAGUGCUGUGGAUUUUCAAUUCCCACGUUGGGAUUUUGAGGCUAUGGCCGAUCCUGCCCGGUGCAAAGACUUUCAAGAGGCUUUGCGAACACUGCCACUUCCUACAUGGCACACAGAUGUUGACACUCAUGUGGCUGUAUGGGAACGCAAUGUUUGGCAACUAGCUCAACAAUUCUUUGGCAGCCGUGCUGGUGCCCGCCAUAGACCUCGACUUUCGGAAAGCACGCGCAACCUCAUUGCCUUCAAGAGAUCAAUCCUCGAUUAUGGCAGGCGUCAUGACCUACUUCAGCAACCUGAACUGCGAGCCCACCUGAAAUCCAUUGAGAAGGAGGUCCAUGCCAGAGUUCAAACUGAUCAGCAAGCUUAUUAUGAUGAGCUUAUUCAACAAUUGGCUGAGCAAGGAGAGUUGCACAACUACAAGUUUGUUUACAACCUCCUUGUCCGCCUUGGAGGUCGACCUGGUCACAAGUUUGCCGGAGGCAAAGCUUUGCCGAUUUUGCGUCCACCCGGCCAAGAACCGCUCAAAACCUAUGCCGAACAGCAGAUGCACUGGCUGCGGCAAUUCGCAAAGGUCGAGGCUGGCCACAUCAUGUCGCGUGAUAGCUUGUAUCACCUGCACCAUGUUGGCCUUGGUUUGGACGUUAAUAUCUUGGACAAGGCGGUCAUUCCGACCCUGUAUGACCUCCAAUCGCAAAUCAAGAAGCUCAAAAGGGGACGUGCACCCGGCCCCAACGGGCUCCCCACUGACUUGCUCAAGGCCGGCGGAGCUACCUUGGCUCGCCAGUUGGCUACCGUCACCACCAAGAUUGCCCUGAGAGGAUCUGAGCCACUUGAUUGGCGUGGCGGAAAGCUUAUCCCUUUACAUAAGGGAAAACUUUGUCGUUCCAAUCCUGAUGGAUAUCGCUCGAUCUUUAUCUCCAACUUUACUACGAAAAUUUAUCAUGGCAGUCUUCGACGGCAUCUUUUGGAUGCGUGGUCAGGUGUUCUUUCUCAUUUGCAAUUUGGCGGCAGGAAGGGAAUGGCGGCCGAUCUUGCCCAUCAUUGCUUGCAAGCGCAUCUUAGCCAUGCAGCCAAGACAGCUUCUCCAGUUGGUAUCUUGUUUAUCGAUAUGAAAGCAGCUUUUUAUUCUGUCGUGCGACAAGGGCUAUUUGAACAUGGACCUGAUGCUGCCCCAUUUUUGUAUGCCAUGUUCCAAAUUGGUGUGGCUCCAGACCAUGUUCAAAGAUUGCUGGACACAGCCAAACUUGAUGCGGCAGUCAAAGGCAUUUCGCCUCAUGCGUUGGCACUGCUCCAAGACCUCAUGGAGAGAACGUUUUUCCAGGUGGAUGGAGUUGAACCCAUUGCAUUGACAACUCAGGGCACUCGUCCUGGUGACCCGGUUGGCGACGCCUUUUUCAAUCUGGCGAUGGCAGUGAUACUUGAUAAGGUUACUACCAAGAUUGCUGGGGACACAACUGCCUGUUGGGAAGGCCAUGCCGCUAGGGUCUCCUCUUUUGAUUCGUUUGAUGCCCCGGCGCCAUUUGCUUGGUUUGAGGUUGCAUUCGUUGACGAUUGUGCCAUUGCCAUGCGUGCAACUUCGAAUCCUCAGUUGCACGACCUCACUGGUGUGGCAUUGAAGGCAGUCUUUGAAGAGGCAGAAGCACGGGGUCUUUCAUUGAACUUUGAGGCAGGCAAGACAGAGCUGUUGGUACACUGGAGAGGAGUUGGAUCCAGGCAUUUUCGUGAAAAGGUUGCAGACUCAGGGAAUGCGUUGUGCUUCCAAGUGCACGAGACCACGGUUCAGUUGCGCUGCACAUUUGGUUACAAGCAUUUGGGCACCUGGAUCCAAAACAAUGCAGUUCACACACGGGAUGCUAGAGCUCGCCUGACUGAGGCUCGUAAAGCCUGGGGCCCUCUGGUUCGACCUGUCUUUCGGCGCUCGCAGAUUCGGAGCCACAACAAGAGGCAGUUGUUUGAAUCCUUGGUGCUUUCGCGCUUGAUGUACAAUACUCAUGUUUGGACCAAGCUGAAGGAUGACAACGUGGCCAAGUGGGCAGCCGGGCUUCGUCCUAUGCUAUACCCUUUAGUGCGGACAAUGCUUCGUGGCCACCCUCCGUUUGCAUUUGCUCUGGAAACGUUGUGUGGCUUGGCAGGGAUGAUCACCCCUUGGGAUGCGCUCCAUUUGGCUAGGCUUCGUUAUUUUCGACGUUUGAUUGAUGGCACACCUCCAGUCUUGUGGAAUUUGCUUGCAACCAUUGGGGCAGAAGAGGGAUCAUGGCUUGCAGCCUUGUUUGAGUCCUUUGGGUGGUUCACCAGAUUCUAUGGCGAUCGAUGCAGUCUUACCUCAAGCUCUUCGUUGCAAGAUUGGAUUGUCUUUGUCUCCAUUGAUCACUGCUGGAAGGGACGCUUGAAGCGAGCUGUUGCUUCAUGUCGAAGGUACCGGGAGCAGUAUGCCUAUGUGGAUGUUUGGCAACAUAAUUUUGCUCAUAAGUUGGCCUCCGAUGGUGUGCGCAUUCCUCUUCAGCAAGCUCCCCAGACAGACGAGUGGCUUUGUGAGCUUUGCGACGGCGUUUUCCCUUCCAAACGGGCUUUGGCUAUGCAUGCCAGUAAAGUUCAUGGGUAUAAGACGCUGGUUAAGCACUAUGCCACCGAUGGGCUUUGUGGUAGUUGCUGUCGUGAUUUUCACGGACGAGCCCGACUCUGUGCGCACCUUCGAGCAGCCCCGCAUUGCCUGCAGCGCCUACGUGGUUGCUUUCCACCUUUGAGUGCAGACACAAUGGCGCAGCUGGACAUGAAGGAUCGUGCGGACGCUAAAGAUCUCAAGAAGCAGGGCUGGUUGCCGACGAAAGCUAUGCAGCCAGUGACACGUGCGUUUGGCCCUCCGCUUCCUGACGCUGACCAUCCGGCUGCUGUUGUGAUGCUCAACAAGUGGCAAAUCCGUAUGGGACCUGGCGACACUUCUGCGGCAGCAGCGCUUGCAGGGAUUUGCAGUUUUAAUGCUCCUGAUCCUCAACCUCAGGAGCCUGAGACUGAGCAGAUGGCCUUUCUCUAUCAAUCACCUGCAGGAGAAGACGAAGGUCAUUGUGGAUGCUUCAGUCUGGGAGGACUUGCACGUCUUCAUGCAACGUUGCAUAUACGCACAUUGUGCUUCAUCCACGUGUUCUCAGGAUACAGAAGGCCGCAAGAUCUCCAAUGGCAGAUUGAGGCGCAUUGGAUUCAAGGUGCGCUGCAGACCUUCACGAUCAGUGUCGACUACUGUUUGCAAGAUGCCCAAGGAGAUUUAGCUGGUGCACAUCGCGUUCAGUGGUGGGAACGCCAAGUGCUUUCCGGCGCUGUCUUUGGAAUGGGCGGUGGCCCACCUUGUGAAACGUGGAGCGCUGCCCGUCUGCAGCCAGAUGGUCCUCGGCCAUUGAGGACCUAUGAUGAUCCUUAUGGCAGACCUUCUCUUUCCGAUCGUGAGUGGCGGCAGGUCGAAACUGGCACCAAACUGGUCCUCUUCGUGGCGCACAUGUUGUACCUUUGUGCCAAGAUGGGAGGAUGUGGAUUUGCCGAACAUCCGGCCUUUCCGAUUUGGGCCUAUGCCAAAAGGCCGUGCAGCAUUUGGGCUAUUCAGCCCAUGCGCCUGCUCCGUCGCCUACGGUGCAUUGAGAUCUUCACCUUCGACCAGUGUUGCCUGGGCUGUGAAGCUCGCAAACCCACCUCCAUGGCCUUGCUCCGCCUGGGUGGCUUUGCGCGUGCUGUUCGAGCUCUUGGACGUUCCGGCCGUUGCGGACAUGCGGCCAAUUUCCACCCCAAACUUCAAGGCCGAGAUGCACAGGGCAACUUUUGUACAGCUAUUGCGAAGGUAUAUCCCCCAAUGUUAAAUGCAUAUUUGGCACAGGCCAUUGUUGAGCAUGCAUUGGCGGUUGCCGACGCUAUGACAGUGGUGGAACCACUGAGCGAGGAGCUUUUGGCAUUGAACAGGCUGGAUUUUGUCACAUCCUUUUGUGGGUCUUUGGUGGAAUCUGCUUCCACACUCGCCCAUGGGGACCUCAUCGACAACACCAAGAUUCUGAGAAAUGAUUUGAUGGUCGUUGCAGCAGGACCAUCAACCCAUUUUCUGCAAAUACCUGCAUGGGGCUUGAUCCUGGCGCUGCUCUUUCUAGCCUUUAGCUACGAGGCGACAUUCACGGGCUACGACUCUGCGUGGGAUUGCUUCCUCGAUGCUUUGAACCCUUUGGGAGGUAUCAGUGGUGCUUUUGCAUACCAGAACCUCGGCAGGUGGUCGUAUCUCCCAUUCGACACAGUGCUGAGCGCCAUUCGCUUGAAUGUGGCACUUUUCCUCUUCAAUGUCUUCUUUCCAAUGUACCCUGCAGAUGGAGCCAAAUUGCUUGUCACAGGUCUGAUGUUCUUCUGUGGCGUGACGCCCAGAAAGGCAGCCAUGGUGUUGAUUUGCACCUCUGUGCCCUGCGGCUUGCUGUUCAUUGGUUGGGCCAUCUAUGGCCUGAUUGAACAGGGAGCUCGUGGCUUCCUGGGUGGCCUUGUUGGAUGGAUGGGCGUGAUGAGUCUCAUCGAGGCACGACGAAUUGGGAAACUGCGGAAGGCACGGCAACUUCACACCCAUUCUUUGUUCGAGGUGGCAAAGAGCUGGCGUCGAACCGAGCGGGAUCGUUUUGGCGUGGUGCAUCGCAUUAACCAAUCGGAUUUCGACGAUGAGCAGCCCUUGACUUCGGGAGGAUGGAAGAGCUUCUGCGCUCUUUUCCGUGGAGGUGAUGAAAUGGGUCAGCCACUGCAGGGUCGAAGUUCCUCCAGGUGUUGUUGCUGCUGCUUCUUCAGAGGACCACAGGACGUUGCAGAGGUGGUGCCAACAAGCCCCAACUCUGCUCAUCAGCAACAACUCAGAGCACAACGAGAUCAGUUUGUACAGAGGAUGCAAGAACAGACAGCCAAUGCUCGGUAG